UUAAAACAUCGGUUAUAUAGAAUAGCUUUCUAGGCAGACUUGCAGUCGUUGGUCUCACUUCUCCAUGGCUACAAUUAAAAGUUGGGUUGAAAAUAUUAAACAAGUCAACUUUGGUCCUUGCAUUAUGUACGUCAUGUAUGUCAUGUGGAUGAUCGCCUUUUUGGCUUCGGUGUCGUCGAAACCGACCGGAACUGGGACGGACGUUGUCACCGAAAUUCUGAGUGCCAUCAGCGGACGUGAAGAAUUGCGGAGAGUUGCAGAUUAUCUCAAUUUAUCACGUGAUCAACUGGUCAAAGAAAUGCCUCUCUUUAGCCCUGAUGGGACGAAACUGAGUUACACAUUUUUCGCCCCGACGUCGUUUGCUUUUAUGCUGCAAACUCCACAAGACACUGUCGAUCCGUUCCUUGUCGACGCCAAUCUCCGUCUCAGAGUGUUGAUCCGCCAUUUUGCCAGACAAGGUGUCUCGUCUAACGAUCUGGCAAGAUUGGACACACUUGUCAUGGCUGACUCGAGCGUGGCAGCUAUUACGCGUACAGCUGACACCAAGACGCUCAUCAAUGGAGCAGAAAUUCAGGCUGGUUCUUUGUCAUCAUCUUUUGUCGCUGUUUAUAUUGUCGAUCGAGUGUUUACAGUCGGCAAUGAAGUAAAUGACGCCAUCAGCGCCCAUUUCCAGAACAAUCCGGCAACAAUCAUCGGCUUCCCUUUCCCGCUUCCCGAAAUGCUGCCGCCGUCAGUGGUUCCAGAUACGAUCGCCAUUGCGGAGCCAUCUGUUUCGGCACUUCCUUUAACUGUGGGCGGCUUCAGUAGUGUCUCUCCCGACGAUAUAGACGUCCAAGACGUGGCAAGGUUCGUUACGACGUCGUUGAGUGCGUCUCCAGCACUCGUUUUGGUGAGUGUCGACAAAGCUGAAAAGCAAAUCGCAGCCGGUGUCAACUAUCGACUUCAGUUAAAGUUUAACAGUCAAUUGGAAAGCGAAGAAAGUACUUUAAUCGUUUGCCAAGUGGCUGUCUUUGAUCAACCGUGGACGUCCACUCGCCAAAUCAGCUCAUCCAAAUGCAAUCCAUCGCUGUCCACGACUUCUAUGGAAAUUAAAAGAAGCCAUUACAAGAUGAAACUAUACUCUGCUGUCAUCCAUUUCAUUUUGAUGGCGACCAUUUUGGUUGUCGUCUCGUCGAAACCAGCCACUAAAAUUGAAAAGGACAUUACCAAAAAUUCGACCAACGAGAAACACGAGACUCGAAUUUACCACCCUAGUGAAUUGGAAACGAGAGAGAUAGAUAGUUGCAUGGAACAGUGUCAAAGAGACUGGAAAUUCGGAAAUGGUUGGGAGAAAUGGGUCGAUCAUUGUUUGCUUCAUGAAUGUGGCGUUGAACCCGAUCCCGACGCUCAUUUUUACGUGACUUUCUGAUUGGGAUUGGGAUAAUCUCGACACUUGAGGCGUGGCCACUCGAUUAAUCUGAAUAAUCUUAUUUAUUAAUCCGUUUUUCAUCUUUGCCUUUAAAAAAUUUAAGAAAUUUGUAUUACUUCCUUUAAAAAUGUAAAAAUUAUGCUUCAAUACACUUGAACUAAGCAACAAAA